CACCUCAACGGAGUUACCACACUUCCUUCCCACGACAGAAAGAGAGCGGGGAAAUUUGACAGCCGCUGGUUAUUUGCUUGCUACAAAGCAACAUUAGUUUUGACUAGUUGUUGUACAUUAGAAAAGGGGUAGUUUGUGACAGUUUGUUUCGCGAGUCAAAAAGCGGCAUAUUUAUCAAAACGUUAUCGAUCUAACCCAAAAUGAGAACUUUAGAGGAGGUUCAGGCCACUCUGCAGAUCGCCAAACUGAAAGAGGAAGAUCUACAAAAAACAAUUCACUGCCUGUCUUUUGGGGAAAACGUUUCAUCUGCAGACUACUGCCUGAUGGAGCUGGACGACACACUGUGCAAACACAUAGAAUCUGGGGAAAGUCUAGUGAUUAGAGGGGAUGCAGAGGAGCGUGCAGUGCUCUGUAGUGGUGACAAGACCUAUGAUUUAAAAAUAGCCGAUACAUCCAACAUGCUGCUGUUUGUACCAGGAUGCAGAACACCAGACCAACUAACCAACAGCCAGGAAAGCUCUCAUGUGGUGCACACUCAGAUCUGGGGAUUUUGUAACAGCUACUGGGAACUGCGGAAACACCGUCCUAAACUGAAGAAACUGAAGAAGCUUUUAAUGGAGAAUCCUUAUGAAGGACCUGCUUUAGGGGGGCAGGAGGAGAAUACGGAAAACAGGUACACAAUGCAGGAUCUGUUGGAGAGGAUCCAGGCCAGUGAAGAGGAGCUAAAGACCCACUUAGAGACCAUUCAUGCCUCUCAGAUAGAUGGCUACUGGCGCAUGUUGGACUUCGACUACGAGAUGAAGCUGCUCGGUCAUGUGACUCAGCUGGUAGAUUCUGAGUCCUGGUCCUUCAACAAGGUUCCCCUUCAAACCAGUCUGGAAGAGUUAGCUCCACUGGAACCCAAAGAGAUGAUCGAGCACUGCUUGAACUGCUAUGGGAAACGCUUUACUGAAAACGACAACAUUUUUUAUGCACUGCAUGAGGAUAAAGUAUGUCGGGGCAUAGCGCUACUGCUGCUUCAAAACGCCAUCAAGUUCAACCUGAAGGAGUUUCAGGAAGUCUGGCAGCAGAGCGUUCCAGAUGGCAUGAGCGCAAGACUGGACCAACUAAAGAGUGUCGCCCUGGUGGACCGCAACUCCCGUCCAGAGACCAUCUCCCUGCUGCGGGUGGAGGAUCUCUCAGAAGACACGCUGGAGCGCUUCAACCACCUCUUCACACUCCGAGAGAAAUGGACAGAAGACGACAUCACGCCAUACAUACAGGACCUGUGUGGAGAGAAACAGACCACCGGAGCUCUACUGACCAAAUAUGCUCGAUCUUCAAUGCAAAAUGGGAUCAAGGUCUUCAACUCCAGAAGGCCUGUGGCUACAUGAACAUGUGAACUGUCCAGUUCUGAAUUAUUUGAAAAUGAACGUGGUCAUGUUAUGUUAAUUCCCAGAUUGACUAUUAUUUUACAAAUAAUUUCCCCUAAAAAUUCCUUGUUUGCAUUGUCAACUAUAUCACAGCAGUUUAAGUAGCUAGCUUGUAAAGUGUAUGAUAAAAAAGAAACACUUAAAAUUAAAGUUAUAAAGUUUCUGUAACUAAAACCAAACUUCAGCUUCAACUUCAACCAAAACUCCAUGUUGGUAAUAAAAUAAGUAAACUAUAAUUAGAAUUUUGACUAGAAACAAUGCAAAAUACCCACAAACGUAUUGUUGAUAUGUUUUUUGUAACUCUGGUCUUCACCAUAGACCACACUCUAGUAUAGCGGGUUGCGGUAAUGCACUACGAGUGUUGCCAACCCGCCUUUAAACAAGAAGAAAAGAGGCAACAACAAGCCGCAGUCUGAUUAUUUAGCAUGUCUGUACAUGAUUCUUACCUGUACUCUUGCUAUUAACAUGCUAUUGGUUUUCGUAAGAGUCUUAGGAAUACCAAUAGCAUGUAUCUAAUCCAAGAAAGAUAACUCAAGAUCGUGUCGGGGACACGCUUUCGCAUGAUUGAGAGAAUAGAAGAUUGUUUUGUGAUUUUUAGAAGAUGGCAAGAAGCAGAGAAAGAAACAAUUAGUCCAGAAGCAUCAAAUACUAUUGGUUUCAUAUAAAUAACCUGUUAGUAUGGGAAUAAUAAACAGCCGCGUCGACUGGGAGCUGUCGGCACCCCGAGCGUGCGCGGAAUGCCUGUUCAUCGCUGCUUGCAGCUUUAAUUUCUCGUUGUAUCUAUAUUUUUUGUAAAUAAACAACAGUGUGUUGGUACUA